ACCCAGCUUCUUUGGCCAUUUGACUACACUGUGUGUGACUCGAACAUUAAACUACGCAGAUUUUCUACGUUUUUCUUAUCAAUUACUUAACCUUUAUUCUAAACGAAGUAUUAAGCAUUCGAUAUGGCAGAUGAACCAACAUAUGUGGCUUUUUUUGGUGUGAUGGGAGCAACUUCUGCUAUGGUUUUUAGUGCAUUGGGUGCUGCUUAUGGAACAGCAAAAAGUGGUACUGGUAUCGCAGCAAUGAGUGUUAUGCGACCUGAACUGAUCAUGAAGUCUAUUAUUCCUGUAGUUAUGGCUGGUAUUAUUGCUAUUUAUGGCUUAGUUGUAGCUGUUUUGAUUGCAAAUGGAUUAAAACCUACUGGAUACAAACUAUUUAAGAGUUUUGUUGAUCUUGGAGCAGGACUAAGUGUAGGCUUGAGUGGUCUAGCCGCUGGAUUUGCGAUUGGAAUCGUUGGUGACGCAGGUGUGCGUGGUACUGCUCAGCAGCCUCGUCUAUUUGUUGGCAUGAUUUUGAUCCUAAUUUUCGCUGAAGUCUUGGGUUUGUACGGACUCAUUGUUGCACUUAUGUUAACCACUAAGGGUUAAAAGUAUUGCAGGAGUAUACUGAUUGCUUUCUAUAAAAUUGUGUGUCUGCAUUGUGUACGUUUCAAAUUUGGUAACACGAAGGAAAAAUUACAUUUACAAUAAGUAAUUUAAAAAUUUUACAACUAGGAAAUUUUUGUUUAUAUAUUUUUUUAUACAUUAGCAUAUUCGUUUAAAUCUUUAAAUUUUCUUGUAAUUGUUGUUUCAAAACUGUAAUGUCCAAGAAUAUUGGUAGCCUGCUCUACUUUCGAUUUCUCGUCACACUGUAAUUAAUUAAUUGCGAAAUAAAUAUAUAUGAUUGUUAGGUGUAA